GAGCGGCUAUUUCUUACCAUUUAUCUGCCAUCGGUACUAUAGUCCCCCGAUUGUCGCCCAUUACGCUUCUUACGGGUAUUAUAUGCUGAGGUAGCAGUGAGGAAAGUUCAGGUUUAAUUUGUGGGAUACGGAGUAUGAAGGAAACAUGUCAGUCCUAAAAUUGCAUUUAGUUCAUAACAAGUUUUCUUUUCUGACAUCUUAAGUAAGGCAAUAGAUUGCGUUCGGCUGACAGACAGAUGUCUUCGUUGCAUAGUUUUGAAGCGGAGAUCCAUCUGCUUACACGCGGAAAAGGAAGCUUUUGGCACAUUCGUAUGAAUGUUGUUGUGCAUUAGAGUCCACAUUUGAUGUCCUAAAACAGCGUCCACGAAGGGUGACAUUCAAUACAGACCGUGGCAUUGUGGCAUUCAGUUGAUACAGUCUGUAUUUUUUCUUUAAACCUUUAUGGGCAUUAAUCGGACUUAUGUACGUGUUGAAACAAUUACCCAAUUCCACUGGCGUAACCGCAAUACAAUCUUACCUAAAUGAUACUAUGGUUUAAAAAGUGAUGCAUAGAUAAGCAUAUACACUUCAACAGGUGUAUGGGGUCUGUGCCCGACAUGACACAUUCAUCCAAUAUCCGAACACAUAGAUCGUAAACAAAGAUAUAGAUUUGGGACUUAUUUAUAAUAGUGUUGUUAAUGUUAAUGUUGCUGUUCAUCUAAACGUGCGCAUUUCCUGUUAUCUAAGCAGCAGAGCUUAGGAAUAUGUAAGCAAUUAAUUUCCUUGUUGUCGGUAAAAAAAUAGAACAAGAACGUUAAUGGGCAGAACAAAUGAUUAAGGCACGUUUUGGGCUGAAUUAAUGUUAGUCACGUAAUCCGAGGAUAGGGGACUAACUGCGUACCGGAAUGACGCAACAAAUAAAGCCGCAGAGAUGAAUGUUGGCUGUGGAAGGAAGGUUAGACAUGGAGCAGGUAUGCUUCGGAGCAGAUCAGGUUUCCACAAAGGGCGUAUUGUAUGCACGGUUUCGCUGCUGCCGGGAAGUGGCCCGGCUGAACCCGGGCGCUUGGGAGCGAAACUGCCGCGCCCCGUCCGCCUUUUAGACUUCGGAGCGCUGCGGAGCCGAUCGCGGCUCCUCCCCGCGCUGAGACGUGGGGCUUUGGGCUGAUUGGGAAGACCUGGCCGGCGUUGCAGUUCUGUGAAGUGUAAAACCCAAAAAGGGUGUAUAAGUUUCAUGCACGAAUUACUCAUCAAUCCCGCGGUGGCCGCGCAUAAUUCAGCUCAUCUGAUUCUGUUCUCCUGUCUGUCACUCUGAUCGGCUGAGUGUGCAGAAACGAUCUCGGCGGUUUGUGUACAAGGAGAAAUGCAAUAAGUUGACACCCAUCUCUGGACGCAGGCACUGGUAGAUGAUGACCUUUCCUACCGCCGUAGUCUACAAGUACACAGCCGUCAAAGUGAGCUGUACAGGUGCCUGUGGGGUCUCCAACAAGAUGAACGACACCUCGUGGGCAGUGGAGGAGCAGUACUUCAACAGCACACUGUCGGUGGCAGAUAAAGGUACGCUGACGCAGGGCACUCACAGCUUUCCCUUCCAGUUCCUCAUUCCAGCUGCAGCCCCAACCUCCUAUGAAGGGCCUUUCGGGAAAAUCGAGUACAAGAUGAAAGCCGUCAUAGACACGCCUCGCUUCUCCAAGGACUACAAGGCACAGAAGUCCUUCUACCUGCUGAAUCUCUUCAACCUGAAUGACGUGCCUGACAUUGAGAAGGCCAGCUCAGCCGUGACAACGAAGAAGUUCAGCUACCACUUGGUGAAGACGGGGACACUGAUGCUGAAGGCGCGGACUGAUCUGCGGGGCUACACCCCUGGCCAGGUCAUCAAGCUGGCCGCUGAGAUACACAACAAGUCCAGCAAGGACACGGGUUGCGUGCUAGCCAGCCUCAUCCAGAAGGUGACCUACAGGAGCAAGCGAGUGAUCUAUGACCUGCGGACGAUCGCCGAGGUGGAGGGGGCGGGAGUAAAGGCGGGGAAACACGCGGAGUGGAAGGAACAGAUCAUCGUACCUCCCUUGCCUCAGUCUGUCCUGGCCGGGUGCAGGCUUAUCGAGAUCGACUACUUCAUCCAGGUUUCUCUCAAGUCACCUGAGGUGGUGGUGACACUGCCCAUCUGGAUUGGGAACAUUGCCAUCAAUCUGAGUCCCUCACGGCCCGCCCCACCUACCACCCCGGGGCCUCACUGUCCCCCACGGCCGGUCUCGCACUCGACGCCCACCACCAGCCCCGGGGCUGUGAUGCCCAGCGCCCCCCCGGCAGAGGACGACCUGGAGGAGGAGAUGGCCGCCGGGGGUCUGGCCAGCGAGGAGAUCCCGACUAAGAGCCACUCUCAGCAGGACCCCUCAGGCCAGCAGAGCACCGUGUCCCCGAACGCCUUCAGCUACGCGCCGGGACUCACCUUCCCCCAGAGCCAGCGGUGUGCGGACGGCCCGGCGCCCCUGUUCUGCGUGUCCACGGGGGCCACCAUCCCCUUCUUCUCUGAGGGCGCUGUGAACCCUGUGCCCACUUCCUGUUCCCUCAUCCUUCCGCCAGAGUACAGCAGCUCACACUACCCGCACGAGCCCCCUCCUAGCUACGAAGAAAGCUGUAGCAGCGACAACUCCAGUUUCAACAGCCGAAGUUAGACUUACAGCUGAAAUGAAAGACAAUACCACUACCAUUCUCUCCCUGCAAGGUCUUACAUCCCCCUACAGGACAGAUGGGGCAUUGCAACCUCUGACUAAAAAGAAUCUUUUUUAAUACUCCUGGAAAAGGAUUGUGACUUCCUUUUUUCCCCCCUUGUACUUUUCUCCCAUUUGUCCUUUGUCACCACAUGCAGACAGCGAGAAGAGCGUGCACAGAAACAUAGCUUGGAUGAUAGCAUCUGUGAUGCCUUAAGUCAGGGCUCAGAUUUGGACAUGGAGUCUCUUGGUUUCUCUGUUCUGUUUUCACUCCUGUUGUGACCAAAGCUGGCCUUCUGUGUGUGUGUGUGUGUGUGUGUGUGUGUGUGUGUGAGUAUGUUUGAGAAGCGACCUGCACCAAAAAAGUGAGCAAGCUUUCCAGGAGAAAGUAAAAAAAUGAGACUGUGGGUGACCGUGCCACCGCGUGCUCUGGCCACUAGGGGGAGUAUCACCACCACAUGAGGCUUACCGAACUGUCAGGUCUGACACCCUUCUCUGUGAAACCUUUAGGGAAUCCCCCCCGGCUGAUGGAAUGCCACAUGGGGCCUCGAACCACAUAACCACAGGUGCCACGAAGGUGUGUGGUGAGCUGGGAUGAAUUCAGACCCCCCCCCCCCCCCACAAGCUCACACAGUGGGGGGGGAGGGAUGGGGUACCAUCUGCUGGGUUUGCCGUAACGCCUUAUUCUUCACCAUUCCCCUGGCAUCCCCCCCCCCACCCCCACCUCGUGUUUCAGUUUUAGAAAGGUCAGAAUUGAUUAACUUGCUGAGUUUUCAUAGUAGCUGACGAAAUUGGAAAGAACAGAGACCACUUUGGAAAAAUUUAAUACUGUGAGUGAGCUUGUGUGUGUGUGUGUGGACAUGCUAGCAUGUUUUUUACUUGCAUUAAAAUCAUUACUUUAUAAAAGUGGUCAAUCCAUCAUCAAAUCGGACAUUCCUGUCUCAUAACACUUUCCUGUCGCACAUGCCUGGCAAAUAUCUACGUGAACCACUCCCUUUUCGUGCCCCUCCGUUGUUCAUCGGAACGAUACGCCAGUGUUGCUUCGUCACCGUGUCCCAGAACGACAUGCAGUAACCUUGGGCGUCAAUGAUGAUAAUUCAGUUCCACGCCAGAUAUCAACGGGCUUCCACCUGCUCCGGUCUCCCGACACCUGCUGGGAUUAGCAUCGCUCAGCCAUUUAAAGAUGCAAAGGUAAUCUUUGCCGUGAAAUGGUGCUCUGUCCCUCUCUCUUGCAACACACGACCACAGCGACACCGGUUCAUUUGCGCAGAUGUGUAUAUAGAUACGACAUAAAGGGGAUGUGCGUGCACCCAUGCCAACUUCCUGCUCCUCUCCUUUUCCGUUGUUUUUGGUAGUGUGUGAAGUCAGCAGAGGGUGGGCCGUGUUGCGAGGGGAUGGAUGGUACGAGGUCCUGCCCAGUUCCUGGCCUUCUGGGCAGGCGUGUCCAUUGAAGCACAGGGUCCUGAGUCUUCUGUGUUUUGCGGGGCAGAAGGUCCUCAGGGCUGGUCAGUAGGGGUAUCUAGGUUUUCAAGCUACUGCUGACCUGGGAACUGAAACGAGUGGUUUGUUUGGUUUAGUUGAUCGAACACAAAUUAGUUCUGGAUUCCCUGUUGUGUAGCAGCUGAAUGUUAGGUAACUGCAAUGUAAGUCUUGACUAUGGGUCAUCGUGCAGACCACUACACGUACUUUCGGUUGGUUCUGAAAGGUUCCAUAGACUUCUAGGUUGGGGCGUCUUUCCGGGUUUUGAACCAUAGUUCUGGUGGACCGUCUUUGCCAUUCCUGCUGACGUUUUGCUUGACUGGUAGAUCAGCUUGCAACAUGACUGCUGUUCCUCAUGGACCCCCCAAAAUUUUGUGAAGAAAUGCCUUAAAAUCCCAUAUGGUUGCAUGUUCCGGGGCCUGCGACUAGGAUGCAGUGAGCAGUCGUCCUUUGCUGAAAAAAGGGAUCUCCACUGCUUUUGGUGCCGUAGGUCAGAUCGGCCAAACGAUGGAGAUGCAUGCCCAUCUAGGUCCACCACAGAAUGCUCAUUUUGCUACUGCUGUUCUUGUUAAAUAGAAACUACUAACACACUCAUGAUUUUCUAGACAAAUCUCAUAUGAAAGGCAUUUUACGCUUUUAUUCUGUAAUCUUACUGAGUAAAAAUGACCAUGUUUUAAUUUUCAUCUCAAAAUGUUUGAUAGCUUUAUUAAUUUCACCUUGUCAGUUUUUUCUUCAGUUUAUGUAAAUGGUUUGUGGUUUUGUAUUUUUUUUUUUUUUUUGGCAUAGUGCUUGCUGUUUUCUAUCUGUGACCCCGAUUACUGCUUCCCUUCUGUAUCCAGACACUGAUUUGUCAAGAGCACCUUAGUGAAUCUAUGUUAAAUCUCUGCAACAUAUUGUUUCAAAUCAAACACCUAAAUGGUAUUAAUAAAAUUGUUUUAAAAUG